AUGGCUUCAAAUAACCCCUCCUCAGCCAGCCGGAUUCGUUUCGCACCACCGAGCACACCGGGACGCACAGCAGGAGCUCCCACUACCACGCCGAGCCGCCGCGCUAUCAGCGCCGACCCGACGUCUGGUGGCCGCCGGUCAGCUUCGGCGCGACGACCAGCCGCAGCAACACCCCACGCCCGGGCAGCCAUCAGGACAAUCGACCAGAGGCGCCGGACAAUCUUCACGCCCGGCCGCGCUCGCAGGCGUAGUCUGCGCGACCAGCGCGAGACGCCCAGGGAUAUUCUGAGGAAUCUUAGUCGGCUCCUCGCCCCGGCCUCGCAGCCCGUGCAUACUUCUUCGUCGUCCUCUCCCGGCCGCGAUGUCAGCAACGAUACCCUCACGCCCGUACUCGAAGACGACGACGACGAUGACUUUCCCAUCGAACGUCCGCGCUUCUCUCUGCCCCUGCAAGAGGAUGACGAUGACGAUAGUGAUUUGAAGGCUCCCAGGCUUAGUGGGCUGGAGGAUGAGAAUCUCACUACGGCGUCGAUUGAGCUCCCGCGAAGAGCCGUAAGCGAAUUCCCGAGCCGAAUUGGUCGGGAGAGUCUGGGGAGCAUUCGUUUCAGUGAUGUCCCCGGUCCGGAUAUUGUUAGCGAUGAUAUCAAUGUGGAUUCGGGACUCUUCCCGCCACUGGGGCUUGACGAUGAUGGAGCCAAUGAUUUCAGGCGGCAAACCCUCAACCGGGAAAGUCUCUUUGGGCCCAUCGAAAUACCGGCAGGCGUGGACGAGACGACUUUCAUGAUGGACCAAGUCGGGUCACCGACCAGGGAAAUCACCGCUCAAGAGGACAUCGUCGACAACGAGGUUCCUGACAUGUUUGAUGAUGACGAUGACCACGUGAACGAACCCAUGGACUACCGGGAUCCUGCAGACUAUGAUGAUGAACCAGCGGAUUACGACGAUGUGCCUGCAGACUAUGAUGACAUCCCUGACAAUAACGAAGAGAUUCCCGACGAUGAUGCGGAUGACGCCACGCAAAAUAUGACCGUGGCCUCAAAUACGGUCGAGCUCACGGCGGCGAUUGCAGCUAGGCGAAGUGGACGAACGCAAACCGGCAAGAAGAUAUCCAAACACGGAAUCGAGUAUCCCUCACUUCCCAAGGGUGUCGUGAAGCGACUAGCAACAACGUUUGCAAAGACAUCUGGAGCGGGCAAAGCGAAACUCUCGGCGGAUACACUAGAUGCAAUGAUGCAAGCUACAGAUUGGUUCUUUGAGCAGGUUGGAGAUGAUCUCUCAGCAUAUGCCAAGCAUGCAGGACGAAAGACAAUUGAUGAGAGCGACAUGUUGACUCUAAUGCGAAGACAGCGCCAAAUAGGGGCCUCUGCCACGCCGUUCUCUCUUGCCCAACGAUAUCUCCCUAGAGAGCUUCUCCAGGAGUUGAGAAUGCCUGUCCCGCCCCCGACAAGAGCGCCAAAGAAAUCGAAGCGUGCCAACGCUGACGAAGACGAUGAGGAGGUUACCUGA